AUGGAGAAACUCCCAGAUUCAGGCAUCUUGGUGGAGGCCGAGGAAUUCGACGACUACGGGGGCUGGGUCCUGGAUUCCCAGUUCGAUCUCGAGAUGGGCUCGCCCUACCUGCUGGCCCAUGGGAUCGGGCGCCCCGUCGCAGACGCCACGACCACCAUCUCGAUCCCGGAAGCCCACACAUACAACGUCUGGGUCCGUGCCAAGGACUGGGUUCCGGGUCACCAUCCGGGCAGGUUCACGCUCGCGGUCAACGGCAGCGCGUUGGAGACGGUCUUUGGAGCGAACGACCUCGACUGGUCCUGGGAGUUUGGAGGCCAGGUGGCGCUUCCGGCCGGUGAGACACGGCUGGCGCUCCACGACCUGACCGGAUUCUGCGGACGCUGCGAUGCGGUUUUCUUCAGCCGCGACGGCAUCGCGCCUCCUCGGGCUGUCAACGCCGAAGCUCGCGCGUGGCGGCGGAGGUUCCGCGGACUGCCACAGGACCCUGUCGACGCGGGGACGUUUGAUGUCGUGGUCAUCGGGGGCGGGGUGCCUGGCGUGGCCGCAGCUCUCACCGCUGCUCGACUCGGAGAGCGCGUCGCGCUGGUUCACGAUCGGCCGUACCUUGGGGGCAACGCCAGUGUGGAAAUCGGGCUUCGCCCGCGCGGAGUGACGGGGCCGCUGAUCGACGAGAUCUCGGAGCGCAAGCCCAACGGCGACAUCUGCGCGAGAGAGCUCCUCGAAGCAGAAGCGAACGCCACAGUCUUCCUGGAGCACGCCGUCUACAACGUGGUGAAGCGGGAUUCGACCAUCGUCGCCGUCGAUGCCCGCCAUGCCCGCAGUGGACGAGAGGUCCGGUUGACGGCGCCGGUGUUCAUCGACUGCUCGGGGAAGGCCAUCGCAGGGCUGCUCGCAGGCGCCGAGACGCUCUUCGGGCAGGAGUCGCAGGCAGAGUACGGGGAGAAGCUCGCCCCGGCAGAGGGCAACGCCAUGCACCACGGCAACACCGUGUUCUUCCGCACACGCAUGGCCGACUCGCCCGUUGGAUUCCCGCCCGUCCCCUGGGCGACGGAGGUGGCCAAGGACUUUUCCGACCUCGGUGGCCAGCUGACCAGACCUGGGAUCGAAAACGGUCCUGGACCGGCGGUCACGACUCCGAGCAGCUCUGUAUCUCAGGCGAAAGUCCCCCGGCGGAUGACGCGACCUCUCACGCACUUCUGGGAGUACGGCCAGUGGCUCGACCCCUAUACCCACGGCGAGCACAUCCGCGACUUCCUGCUCCGCGCAAUCUACGGCACAUUCUCCAACGUCAAGACGAGGGAUCCCCAGACCUACGCCAACCUCGAGUUCGACUGGGUCGCCUACGUCCCCGCGCAAGGGGAAUUUCGGAGAUACAAGGGAGACUACGUCCUGACCGAGAACGACAUCCGGAGCCAUAAGCCGUUCCGCGACGCGGUGGUGCAGAACGAGGGCGCGUUCUGUCUGCACUAUCCCGGCAACGAGAGGUACGACUUCCGCCUCCGGUGGUGGGAAUGGGACGAGCGGGACGGCAAGCCUUACGACAUCCCCUUCCGCUGCCUGUACUCCGUCAACGUCGCGAACUUGAUGAUGGCGGGCAAACACAUGAGCGCGACCCACGUGGCCUCGUCCAACACGAAAUUCAUGGGCAACGGCGGGCAGCAUGCCAUCGCCACGGCGGCGGCGGCUCACCUGUGCCACAAACACCGCACGACCCCGCGGGGCGUCUACGAAAACCACCUUCCCGAGCUGCAGAAAAUCGCCGGGACCAUCACUGGGACUGACUGUUCUCGGCCCCGGAGCCAUCUGUGAUGGAUAUCGGGGCGUCAUACCGGAUUCCGCACCAAACUUGUCUUGCUCUCGCUGUGAUUCGCACAAUUCAAUCGCACAGUCCGUACAGGUCACAGUAACAGAUAUCCUCCGACGGACACAAAACACCAUUCGCCGCGCCGAGGAAGAUAACGUGCCACAGGUUCUCCAGCACCU